CGUCUUAAUCCAGAUAGUAACAUAAACAAGUACUAUGUAUAGCUGUUGUUCGUCCCGUUCGCGGGAUGUUUUCAUCACUCAUCCACGGAGCCACCGAGAUCAUGACGUCGUUAUCUCCGCCGGCUGGGGAAACGAUCGACUCCCGCCAAGAAUUUCGAUACAGGGGAGAAACAGAACCAUCACCAUGAUAUGAUAUGAUACGAUAUGAUACCAUAUGCUACGAGUGGGGUCGAUUGCUUUUGGCGUGGCUGAGCUCUCGUUCUCGUUCUUCUUUACGAAGUUUGGUUACGGAUGGGGAGAGUUUACGUAUGGUUUGGAGAAGGUAUAUAAGGAGUGAAAUGCUCGUCCCUGGAUCUGAAUUUCUUUCUUCCAUCAUCUUGAAAUCCAAAAAAAAAUCCAUCACCACAGAUAAAAGAACAUCCACAAUGGCUGACAACACUUCCGGUAACCAGCAGGAGGACUACCUCGACAAGGGCCUCGAUGCCGUCGAGAAGAAGUACGGCGGCGGCAAGGUCGACCCCGAAAAGUACCGCAGCCAGAACGAGAAGAUCACCGAUACUGCUCGUGGUUUGUUCGAGAAGGCUACCGGAAAGAAGAUCCCUGAGAAGUUCUCCAACUAAGAGUCUGGGACUCUUGGAAUCACGACUUGGAUGAUAGUCUACCAUAUGCAUAUCUAUAACUAUACAUACUGCGAUAGCUUGAUGCUCGCUGCUGUCUAAUGAAUUGAGGUCUUUAAAGCAAAGUCA